AGACGCCGUCGGUGGCUGAGAGGUCGAACAGCCUCGCCUCCCUCCACUCCCCCAAACUCAACAACGGGAUUAUCAACAGCUGCUGAAGGCUCUGCCACACCGAGUUGAAAGAGUUCGCCUCUGCCUCCCGCAGCGCGCGCUCGACCCUGUCUGUCAAUCAUCAUCGUGCUCUCCUCAGCUGAUCAAGUGACCGGCACUGACAUGUCUGACCUCCCUGUCAAACCGGCGCAGAGCAGCACAGUGGAGCCCAACCAUUGGUGCUCCUUGGCUGCCGCAUCCGACUCUCUCCGCGUGCCGGUGCUAAAAAUAAAAGCGGAAGCCGCAGAGGAACUUCACAGCACCCAGCGCGCCUUACUGUGCAGUCAGCUGCAACACGCGUGGAGCAGCGCCGCGCUUCCAGAAAACUAAAAAAAAAGGUGGGUACAACUCGUCAGUCAGACGUGAACAACGCACACCAAGUGUUUUCCUUUCCUUUCCCUUCUCCUCUUCUCUGCUGUGAAUUUCUGCUUUUACAGCCACGCUGCUCCGUUGUGGUGCCACGCGAUGACGCGCAUCUCAUCCAGCAAAAGCGGCACCCAUCAAGUUUGACUGUAUCGCAACGACACCUGCUGUUUUGCUGUGUGUCUGACCUCACAUUGCGUACUCUGCUGUGCUACUCACUGCAGUAUUAAAGGACCGCUGUGCUUUCGUUGUCUCUUCGACGGGCGCCGCGUCUCCCUUUAGGCUGCUUCGCAUGUUUGACCCGCCUCUUCGCGUUUGGGUUCAUUUGCUGCCUCCCUCUUUCUCUGCCCACCACGACGGUCGGGGCUCUUCUACGGUUCUUCCUCGCUUGCCGCUGCGCUGCAGUAUACAACCCGACCCACAUCCGACUGCUGCCCAGCUUUGCUACCUCAGCGCUUCCUUCUUCUACUCAUUUUUGAAAGCUCUUCCUCUUUGCAUCCAAAGCAACACUGUUUCAGAGGUCACCGCGAUGUCCCACGAGCUCACCAGGAAGGUUGCCUUCAUCACCGGCGCCGGCUCCGGUCUCGGCCGCGCCAUCUCAGAGCUGUGCUUUGAGCGCGGCUGCAGCGUGUUUCUGGCGGACGUGAACGGCGCCUCGGUUGAGAAGCUGGCCGUCACGCUGAACGCCGGCAAACACGCCGUGGAGGGUCAGCGCGCGGUGGCGGCGGCGCUGGACGUGACGAACGAGCAGCAAUGGGCGACGGUGGUGGACGCGUGCAAGAGCGCUUUUGGUCGCAUUGAUAUUCUGGUGUGCGACGCCGGCUGGCAUGCCAUGGUCCCUCUGGAACACGUCACGCUGGAUAUCUGGAACAGGAUGAUGAACGUCAACGCAUUCGGCGUCCUCCUCGGCAUGCGCACUGUGGCUCCGCUGAUGAAGGCGUAG